AGAGACCAUCCAUCGCGGCACUUCCUUGUUUCCAGAAUCCUUAGCGCGAGGCGGAAAAAUACUGCCUCUUCAGCUUCUGUGGAUUAGCGCAUUUUCACUGCGUGCUCAUUUGUCGCCUUCCGUGUUGCGUUCUCUGGAAAUGGCGGCCCCUGAGCAGUCCCUGCCGCCGAUGUCAAGGGGAUGCCAGAACUCUGCCUCACUCUCCCCACCGCGGGGCGACCGAACCCUUUUAGUGAGGCACCUGCCAGCCGAACUGACCGCCGAAGAGAAAGAGGACUUGCUGAAGUAUUUCGGGGCGCAGUCGGUGCGGGUCCUGUCAGAUAAGGGACGACUGAAACAUACAGCUUUUGCUACUUUCCCUAAUGAAAAAGCAGCUAUAAAGGCAUUGACAAGACUACAUCAGCUGAAACUUUUAGGUCAUACUUUAGUUGUUGAAUUUGCAAAGGAGCAAGAUCGAGUUCAUUCUCCAUGUCCCCCUUCAGACACUGAAAAAAAGAAAAGAUGUGAUGACCCUGUGGAAGAUGAUAAAGAAAAGAAAGAACUUGGUUGUUUAACCAUAGAAAAUGGAAUUGCACCAAACCAUGGGCUGACUUUCCCUCUGAAUUCAUGCCUCAAGUAUAUGUACCCACCACCUUCAAGCACAAUCCUAGCAAACAUAGUAAAUGCUUUGGCAAGUGUGCCUAAGUUCUAUGUACAGGUGCUUCAUCUUAUGAAUAAAAUGAAUUUACCCACACCUUUUGGACCAAUUACUGCACGCCCUCCAAUGUAUGAAGAUUAUAUGCCAUUACAUGCACCUCUUCCACCUGCAUCUCCUCAGCCACCAGAGGAACCUCCUUUGCCAGAUGAGGAUGAGGAAUUAUCAAGUAUAGAAUCAGAAUACGAGAGUAGUGAUGAUGAAGACCGACAGAGAAUGACUAAACUAAUGGAACUAGCAAAUCUUCAGCCCAAAAGGCCAAAAACAGUAAAGCAGCACCAUGUGAGAAAAAAACGAAAAAUAAAGGAUAUGUUGAAAACACCUUCAUCUGCUCCGCACAGUUGGAAAGUAAUGCUGUCACUAUUUAUAAACAGCAGUUUACAUCCAGUUCUGUUACCUUCGGAUGUAUUUGACCAACCACAACCUGUAGGUAGUAAGAAAAUUGAAUUUCAUAUAUCUACUGACAUGCCAUCUGCAUUUAAGAAAGAUCUAGAAAAAGAACAAAAUUGUGAAGAACAAAAUUAUGAUUUACCUGCUGCUGAAGGUGAUGCACCCAAUGUAGGAUUUGGAAAAAUCUUCCCUAAACCUAAUUUGAACAUCACAGAAGAGAUUAAAGAGGACUGUGAUGAAAUGCCAUCAGAAUGUAUUUCUAGAAGGGAGUUGGAAAAAGGCAGAAUUUCUAGAGAAGAAAUGGAAACACUCUCAGUUUUCAGAAGUUACGAACCGGGUGAACCAAACUGUAGAAUUUAUGUAAAGAAUUUAGCUAAACAUGUUCAAGAAAAGGACCUUAAAUAUAUUUUUGGGAGAUAUGUUGACUUUUCAUCAGAAACACAACGGAUAAUGUUUGAUAUUCGUUUGAUGAAAGAAGGUCGCAUGAAAGGACAAGCUUUCAUUGGACUUCCAAAUGAAAAAGCAGCAGCAAAAGCCUUAAAGGAAGCUAAUGGAUAUGUUCUUUUCGGAAAACCUAUGGUGGUUCAGUUUGCUCGAUCUGCUAGACCAAAACAAGAUUCAAAAGAAGGAAAAAGGAAGUGUUAAAAAUUAAUGAAGAAGCAUUCCUGCGUAAAUACUGCUGUAUUACUGUCAUACAAAGUGUAUCCUUUCUUGUUGUAUCCUUUUUGGGGCAGUGUUUUCUGUUUUUCCUAGAAAUGUUUUGUCCCUCCCCUACUCAUUGAUUCAGAUUAAGCAAUAAUUUUUUAUAAUUUAUCCAAUGAGAUAUUUCUAAAAUAAUCAAUGUUGACUGGACAAAUCGCUUACAUGUUUUUUAGAUCUGUUGGCUGAAUUUUCUAUGCUGUUCUUGAGGUUAUGCAAUUUUUCCAGGGAAAGUUAGUGAAUCAGGUCAUCUUAUGUACUUGGAGAAUGUAUGCAUCUGCUUCAACACAGAAUUUAAUCUUCUUAUAUUUAUGUAUUUCCUAAACCUGUUUCAAUAACAUAUGCUUUCUGUUUUAUGAUAUAUCUGGUUUAGGUGUUCUAUAUAAUGUAUUGUAAAAUUGGUUUGGGGAAAGGAUUUUUUCUUUAAAAAAGUGUAUAUAUUGGAAAUUAAAAUAACUGAAUUUUGUAAAUUCCAAGUAAGAGUAGCAGACUUCACUUCUGAGGUUUUAUUAUUGAUAUUUCCUUUGAGACAGAUAGCAAGUAGAAGUAUUUUUUUCCCCUCUUUUUCUAAACAAAACAAAAGGAAUGAGAAAAGAGGAACAGAGGGAAGAAGAAUAUAAUACUGACUCAGGGUAGCACAUUAAGUGAAAAAAAAAAAAAAAAAUCUGGUAGGUAUAUGUAGUAACAGUGGUUUCCAGACUGGCUGAUGACCAUAAUUACCCAAAACAGUAGUUCUUAAUCUUGGCCACAUUUUGGAAUCACCUGGGAAACUUAAAAACUGAUGAAGGGAAGAAAAGGCUAAAAUGUACCUGGGUUUCUCCCCAUUUUGAUUUAAUUGGUCUGGCGUACAGCAUAGAUCCUGGAGUAUUUCAAACUUCCUUAUGUGUGACCCAGGUUGAGAACUAUUGAGGAAGGAUUUUUAUAUUCAGAGAUUCCUGGACUCUCACCUGAAACUAAUAAAUCAGAAUUUCUGGGAAUGGGACCAAGAGUCUAAUUUGAAAAGGUGUCUUUAGUAGUUCCAAGGGCUGACCAGUUUGGAUACUAGUUUGUUAGAUUAAAAUGGUUAGAUGCUUACUACAACCUAGCCAUCCAACCUUCUCUAUGUAGGAAAAUCAAGAAUUGGAGCCUCUGCUUUUCUUGCAAAUCCUGCUAUUGCUAGUACUAGGAAAACAAUAAAAAUUCUGUUAAUAAUUUUAAUCACUCAAGAGUAUAAAAAUUUAUAGAUAUUGAAAUUGCUGUUUUUGUAGAGACAGUUAAAAUGGUUCUUUUUUAAUGUUAAUCAGUUUCUGUAUAAGCUGUUUAUUUAGACAAUUAAAAAUUUUUAGUACUGACAUGAUUCACUAAUUUUCUAAAUAUAAACAUGUUAGCUUUUAGUUAUUUUAAAACUAAUAAACUGUGUUAUAAUCAUAAUUAUUUUUAAUGAACUCUUAUGGUGUUUUAGGUUCCUUUUGAUUCCAUGUCUUCCAACUGCUUUCCAACUUUAAGGAAAAGAAAGUGACACCUGGAUUAUGGAACUGUGCGUAACAGCUUUUAAAGUAUAUUUAAAAAUUAAAUCUAUAUGCAUUUAAAUCAGUUUAUUGGAGAUAUAUUACAUGUAUUUUAAUCCUCUUCCUCAUAUAUAAUAAAUUAUUUUCUUUCCAAUAAAAUAAUGUUCUUAUUUUUUUUUGUGUGUGUUUACCACAUUUGGAAAGUGUAGUUUGAUAAUUGCAUAAAAUUUUGAAGAAAUUUUCUUUUAUGAUUACAGAUACUGCCCUUUUUUCACUCUUAACCUUCAUACCAAUGCACUUAAACAUGCUUUUUUAUAGUAAUAUUAUUUCUUACUUCUUAUAAUUAUUUUAGGAGUGGUUAUAUUUGUCUGGCUAUGAAUUUUGUUUUUUUAUUGUUGGUUUUUUGUUUUUGUUGUUGUUGUUGUUGUUUUUAAGUAGUGGGAGAUUGCCCCCGCUUGAGGGAAUUUGUAUCUUGCCCUAAUUUAGACUUUUAUUUUGGUGCCCCAAAUCGAUCAGAUUAUCACCUAAGGUUGUAAAGGUUUCCCUUACAAAAUCUGUUAUCUUAGUGAAAUUACCUUCAUCUAUGUGUUAAGAAGGAAACUGAUAUAUUUAAUUCUUACUAAUACUAUCCUGUGAGUAUAUAAUAAUAACUUGACCAGAAUCAAUGCCCAAAGACUUGGUCUUUGUUGGAAUGCUGUUGUGAAUCACAGUUUUUUCCUCAAAGCAUUGUAAAAGUAAGGAAAAUAGGAAUUUUGAAGAUAUAAUUUAGAAGUAUGGAGAAGUGAAGCCUAGGACAUGCUCAGUUUUAGAUAUCAGGUAUAUGAAGAAGAGGUAGAAGCCAAAUGAAGGUAUCUCAGGUAGGAAGGGGUGGUGAAAUGUAUCAGAUCUAUUCUUGACAGAUUUCUUCUUGACAAACUGAUUCGAUGAAUGGAAGAAAUGAGAAGAGGUAUUAAAGAGAAUGGUUGAGAGGAACUUAAUAUAGUGAGAAUUUUGAAGGCAACUGUUGGAGAGUCUUGCUCUCAGAGGGAUGGAGAAAUGGGCUGUUAAUGCAAAGACAAAUAUGAUGCAGGAGGGAGGAGGAGGAGCUAUAAAUACAGUAUACAAAUGAAGUUAGUUUUAAAGAUGGACGUGUAAACGUAAUAGCAGUGGGAGAAAGGAUAGAUUAUGAAGGUCCAGAUAUUUGUAGUUUGCUAGAUAUAUAGGAGGAGCAUGUAAAAGUUGAAAUAGGAAGCAGGGUCACAGAGGGAAAGAGUAUUAGAUUGAGGAAAGAAAAGAAGGUAUAAAAUAGACACUUAGGGAAGUGGCAGAGUGAAUAGAUAUUAGAAAGAUGGCUAGACAGUACUUAAAGAGGUCAGUUGAAGUCUGUUAAUUUAAGUAAGACUGGUCAGAUGAUUCUGUAUUUUCAAUUAUGUUUAGCCUUGGUGCUAUCACUAAGCAGACAAGAGUUGAAUUUAAUGAAAGUUGGGAUUUUCCUAGAUGAAUACAACAAAGUGGGAGAAAGGAAAAGAUGUUGGUAUAUUCAAGGGAAUGAUUUUAAAGAAAAGACAUAGAGAUCUGGGUAAAGAGCAAAGUGAGAAAAUGAAGGUUCAGAAACAAUGGGAAAGUGGUAUGAUCAAUUAUAGAUUAUAGUAUGAUUGAAGAUAUGUUGAGUUAUUUACUAGAGGUGGGAAGUAGAAGUUUGGGAGGUUGAAAUAACAGAAUAAAGUAACAAGUUGACAAAGGCAUAGAGAAUACAGUAAUUAGUGACUAUAAGUUCUAGGAUCUAAACAUGGUAGUUGAGUGAAAACAGGGUCAUGGAAAGAGAUGAAUUAAAGAAAUAAACUUGAAUGUUAAAAGGAUCAUCUAAGGGAUUUCAAAAUUAUUAUGACAAGAAUAGUGAGCCAAGAUCUAAGUAAAAUUAUUCCUUAGAACAUGUGAUUCUGUUAGAUAUGCAAAAAGUAAUAUUUUAAAAAAUAAAUUUAUAAAACUCUGGAGUCCCCAUCUUUCUAUAGUGACAGGAAAUUCAGCCUAAUUUACUGAAAACUAGUAUUUACUAGUUUAUAUACUAGUAUAUAUAACUAGUAUGUAUACUAGUUAUAUAUACUAGUAUUAAAACUAGUAUAUUACAGUGGUUUUAUAGCUGUAGAUUCUGACAUCACAUCUUGUUUCUACGGUUUAAUUGCUUUAUGGCCUUGGGUAAGUUCUGUCAGUUUCCAUGGAGAUAAUCAAUACUUGUCAUAGUGUUGUUGUAAAGUUGAUUUGAUGAAUAUAAAAUACUUAUAAAACAACUCUGAUGUGUGUGUAUGUAUGUAUGUGUGUGUGUGUGUGUUUAUAGUCAAGUUUUCAAUAAAUACUACGUCUUGUAGUAGUGGUUGUGGUGGUUCUCAACUCACACCAAUUACGGGUGAUACAAAGAUUUCGAUGUCUUAGACAAGACUUCAAUCAUCUACCCUCUGUGAUGACCAGCACUUCUAUUUCUUCUGAGAGAGGAAAAAUUGCCUCGAUUAUUCAAGGUUCUUCUAGCUGUUCUAAGAAUUAAAUUUAUGUGAGACAUAUUCCUAAUUUCUUAAUCUUAAGUUAGCUUUAAUACUGAAUAUUUUCCCAUUUCACGUGAAUUUGAAAUUCAUUUGGAUUUUUUUUUUAUUUUGAGAAUUUUUAUGAAUACAAAACUUAUGUAAGUGCUUAAUUUUCUUUAAGCCAAUCAAAUAGAGCUCUUUUACAAAUUAAUUUUAGCAAUUCUAACUGGUGGUAGAAAAUGCUGUAUAGCCACAAUAGACACAUACUGACAGAUGCAGAAACCUUACUUUUAUUAAUAUUUGAAGAGAAAAGGGGCAAGAGAACCCUUUUGCAGUUUUAUUUUUUAGAAAGACCUACUUUCUUCUUUUUUCCUUUACUUAGACAAUUGCGGGGUGUGUUCACACUUCAGAGAUAAAAGAUUUACAACUUUAAGAGACAGAAAGAAUGUAAGCUCCCCCUACCCCCCAAGAAUUAUAGGGUAAUUGCUACUUAGAAUUUUCUUUCCUUUUCUUAAGUACAGGACAAUUCUGUUUCAGUAUCCUAGUUUUUUAUAAUACCUAUAAGCAUUUUGAGAGGAAUCGUUGAGGUUUUGGGAUUGGUAGAGAUGGCAGGCAGGGUGGGGGGGGGUUGCUUCUAGAGUUGUAUUUCUGGUUUUGUAGAGAUUAGCAGGCAAAGUUGUUGCUAAUUCCCAGAAAGAACUGAAUUACAGCCUGAAUAUCAAGAGACUGAUUAGCCUUUUUAACUAAACUUGCCUCUUUAGAUGAGGGAGAUUUCCAAAUAAAGUAGGAAUCAGAAGAUUUAUAUCUUU